AUGGAGUCCUCACGAUCUUCAUUAUCCUCCACUAAUACCCGUGGAGGCCAUGGGUUUUCCGAACACACGGCUAUGCCCCAACUUGAUACACUCAUCUCGCACCUCGUGGCCGCCAAACGCUCCCUUUCCUCCAUCAACCACGUUUGGCGGGCCAACGAAAUUGUCACUGCUGCACGUUCGGCCCUCGAAGAAAGCGUCAUUGUGUCAUCUAGAACAGGCUUCUUGCGUCGCGGCUUGAACAAUCAACUCCGGUUGCUCUAUGACGUUCGGUCGGAGGUGGAGCAUAUCUCGCAUCGCGGGCGACAGGACUUCUCGGAUGCCUUGAAAAGUCUUGAUGCCGCAGAUGCCCGUCUUCGGACCACCAUCGAUCUUCUGCGGAAUACUAUUGUUCACGCUUCAUUCCGGCCAAAAGAUGAAGAGCCAAAGUCUCUGCAUGACUUCGUCGACGAGCGCGGCGUUGAGGAGCUCAGUGCGGCCAUGAAGAGCUCCAUCGACAGGACAAAUGCAGCACGAGCAGAUCUCGAUACCUCGAAUCGGGAGUUUGAUGACGAGCUUUACUCUAUUAAACAGGCGCUUCAACAUUAUCGGUCGGCUACCAGGAUGGCUUCUUCUCGGGCCUCUGCAUCCUCAUCCUCAUCAUCGACAUCGGAUUCAGAUCUGCUCGCCUUGUCAACUAUGCCUACUAUGCUCCAGACAUUAGAAGGGCAUGCCCAGGAGAUGGCUGGUCUUCUCGAGUCCCUUGUCCGUCACUUCGAUCUUUGUGUCACCGCGGUGAAGCACACCGAAGGCGGGGGCGCGGCUGCUCGGUCUAUCACAGGAGACAUGCCAGCCGAAGUCCAAGCGAAGAAUGACGCGAUGCCAGAUAUUGGCGAGGAAAUCAACGCAAAUCUAAAUGCUCCACUGGACCCGCUGAGCGACUCGGAGUAUCUGGAGAUGGUGAAUGUGCUCAUGAAAGAUGCGCACGAAGCAGAUGACGUCGUCAUGGAAAUCCAAGAUCGCAUUAACGAAAUGGAAUCAACCCAUGAGCAGGUCAGCGCGCAACGAGAUGCGCUUAUCGCGAUCUCAAACGCGACACUCGAGGUUCACCAGCACUUGUUAACAUUGGCUUCGACUCGCCUCCCACGGUACAUCUCUCAGGCACACAACUUCACCAAUGUCUGGAACGAAGAAAAUGACCGCAUUAAUGCCGGGCUAGGGGAAUUGUUGGACUUGCAUUCCCUCUAUGAUGGAUUCCUCAAUGCGUACGACAGCCUGAUACUUGAAGUGAACCGCCGAAGCCAGAUUCGCUUUCGUGUGGAGAAGGUCCUUCGAGAGACGAGGAAUAAACUGAAUCAUCUUUAUGAUGAAGAUGUCACCGCACGAGAAGCCUUCCGCGUUGAGCAGGGCGAUUUCCUUCCUUCAGAUAUCUGGCCUGGCAUUGGCCGUGCGCCCAUGCAAGUCCAGUUCCAUCGUCUUGCAGGCGGUCAGCUUGAAGGUCUCCUCGAGGAAGCUCGGGAAAUUAAGCAGCACCGUGAGGCACAAACAGUUGCUGAAAGCGCAAAUCACAGUGCUAUCGAUGAUGCCGCUGAGGGUGAACUUAUCCCUAGUCUGCCAAAGGAUGUUGUCGACCAGGCAUAUGCUCGUCUCAAAGCUCGGACUAGGGCCUUUGCUUGA